AGGUCAGAGUUCAAAGUCAUAGGUACGCUUCGUAAAUAUGGCGGCCCUAGUCGGACGCAGAGUGCUUUUACAAGCUUGCCGCUUGCAUUUUACAGACAAUGAUAACGCGUGCAAGCUCGGUUCGUCCUUCUUCUCUUCAAGAAAGUAUGCCGGCUCCACUAUAUCCUUUUGCCCGCCGUUUGGCUUUGGCGCACUAGCACGACAGUAUAGCUCAGAGGCAAAAGACGACUUGCUCGUGAGGUACCUUGACGGAGAAGAUUACGGUAUAGUGGUUGUUGGGAUAAACCGACCAAAAGCCAAAAAUGCUAUAAGCAAAAAUCUGGUAAAAAUGAUGUCUGAUGCUGUAGGGGAUAUAAAAAAGAAUAACAAAAUCCGCAGUGUCAUUUUUUGCAGUCUGGUUCCAGGGAUCUUCUGUGCAGGAGCAGACCUUAAGGAGAGGGCCAAGAUGCAUCAAAGUGAAGUGGGACCAUUUGUGUCCAAAGCAAGAACACUAAUCACUGAACUGGGCAACCUACCAAUGCCCACAAUUGCUGCACUUGAUGGAGCUGCCUUAGGAGGAGGCUUGGAAAUGGCUCUGGCAUGUGACAUCAGAGUUGCCUCAAAUUCUGCAAAAAUGGGACUUGUUGAGACUAAACUUGCAAUUAUUCCUGGGGCAGGUGGCACUCAGCGUCUCCCCAGGGUGAUUGGUGUGUCCCAUGCUAAAGAGUUGAUGUACACUGCCCGGGUGGUGGAUGGAGCAGAGGCUUGUCGCUUGGGCCUGGUCAGUCAUUCUGUGGAGCAGAAUACGAGUGGAGAUGCUGCCUAUCUGCGAGCUUUGGAGCUUGCGCGUGAGAUUAACCCUCAGGGUCCAAUUGCAGUGAGAAUGGCAAAAUUGGCUAUCAAUCAGGGUAUAGAGGUGGAUCUGUCUACUGGCUUGGCUAUUGAAGAAGCAUGCUAUGCCCAAGUGAUACCAACCAAAGAUCGACUGGAAGGUUUAGCUGCAUUUAAGGAAAAGAGGCGUCCUCAGUACAAGGGAGAGUGAGUCAUUGUGCUCCUCAGAAUGUUCAAGACUUUGGCCUUAAUUUCUUGUACCGCUGCUUCCGACAUGCUUAGAGGUGAAAUUGUACAUGACAGUGCAUUUGCCUGCACAGUCCUUGAAGGGCAGGAUUAUGUUUGAUCCUUGUUUUAGUGACCAUAGCAUAUUAUUCAAGUAAUGUCCAGUAAUUUCUUUUAGUUCCCCAAUGCAAAAAGCCAUAAAUUAGUAUGAUUUAGUUAUUGCUUCUUGAAUGAUGUAUCAAUAGGAAUUUUUUUUCUUUACUUGGGGGUCUGUCUAUCAAAAACACUGUGACCUGAGAAUCGCCAUAGCCAUUUUGCAAACCAAAGCAAUGAUUGCUAAAUGACUGUGGUGUCACUCAUGCAAUGUUUCCUCUCAAAAACUACAGAGAGAAAUAUUGGAGUAUGCUCAUACCACAUCCCUUACAGUUUGCAUGGAGCUUGCAUGGAGUCAUAGGAAGUGGAAAAUUGUUUUGUCUGACCUGUUUUACAGUUUAUGCCAUACUUUUUGUCACAGUCACUGAUUGGAACAUUACAAUUAGUCUGCAUUAAAAAAAUUACAUGAAAAAAAAAAAGCCAACAUUCUGUGUUGCAAUUCCGAAUAUAGAAUUCAAAUAUAAGUUUUUCCUCAAUAUGCGUGCAUGUGUGUUCGUCCGCGAAUAACGUUUUUUGACAAAAGAUUAUUUUGUACUAUUGUAAGGCAUAUUAAAACAGUGUAGCUGUAACUUGUAUAUACAGUAGUUUCGCUACAGAGUAUAAGUCGCACCAGCCAUAAAAUGCAUAAUAAAGAAGAAAAAAAAACACAAGUCGCACCGAGUAUAAGUUACGUUUUUGGGGGAAAUUUAUUUGACAAAAUCCAACACCAAGAACUUACAUGAAUAGGCAACAACAGUCCGAACGGUACAGUUUGCUAACGUUACAUAAACACAUAAACGAGGAGCUGAGAACGUGCCUGACGUAACAUUAAGAGUUAUUCAAAAACUUUAAAAAUAUUUUCUAAAUUUCAGCGACGGCUCUGUCACAAUAAUGCGACCAGCGCGGUGGAGUUGCGCGGUCGGCAGUGCGCUGCAGUUGCACGAUCGGACAAAAAUGCGCAAAUGAAAAAAUUGUUAAAAAAGGCGUUUCUAUAGCCUUGGAACCGAUUAAUUUUUUUUUUCAUUAUUUGUAAUGGGAAAAAUAGAUUCGGAAUUCGACCGAUUCACUUUUCGAACCGCCUUCUGGAACGGAUUGUGGUCAAAAACCGAGGUUUGACUGUACUUGGAAUACAAUAAUGAAGAUAACAGAUGAGUUUAUACUUGAUGAAUGGGUGCACAUGGACAUCUAGGUUUCAACUCAAUGUGUUAUAUGUGUUAUUUUAUUAUGUGCUGUCGCUUAAUUUAGGUAUGUAGCAGUGUUUUUGUUCAUAACUACUGCAAAUAAAUCUCAAACUCA